AUGCAUCUCGUCGGCGAAAGCAGCCGAUCAACGCUGCGGCGCUCGGCAGAUGAGCCACUCAUACACGACUCUGACCACCUCCAAAAGCGUUCACCAUCACCAGCACCCGCACCCGCGCCUGCACCACAACCAACCGCACCGCCAACACGCCGCACAUUCGAAGAGCCCGAACAUCUGCUCGUACGCGCGCAGGACUUCAGCGAGCGCGUUCAACAACACCAAAGAGGUGCAGCAGACGAGGAGACGAUAUUGGGCCCCUUCUGGGCACGCGAUAUGGACGACGUCGUUCGCAUCAAACGCGAUGUGCUUGCUCAACCGCUCGACCGUCGUCUCGAUCGCCUCCCACGAGCACAACCUGUACAGCGUGCCGUCCAGCGACGCCAGACCGCCGCACAGGAGACGUGCUACGUCGGAAACGAGGACCUCAGCUGCUAUCCCACCGCAGGCACCACCGUCGCCCAAAAUACGUGGUCCAAAUUCAUCUGGAACGCCAAUUACCCCCUCUUUGCUCAGCGCGGCUUCGUAGACGUCUACCUCUUCCAGCAGGACACCGAUCGCCUCGUGACAUCGUGGACUUCGCAGGACAACGGCGCAGGUCGCGUCUCGUUCCAGCCCAACGACAGCUGGUGGGCGAAUCGCUCCGCCGCCAACAACAUCCAGCCCAACCAGAACAUCUCGUGGCCGUUUUACUUUGUCGUGCUCGCCUCGGGUCAGCCUCUCUCGGGCACCACCUCGCGACUCGCCACCUUCACCGCCGUUCAGACCACGCUGCCCUUCUCGAUCGCACAGGCUCGUGCGUCCUCCUCCAGCGCCGCCUCGGCCGCCUCGGCAUCGUCAGCGAGCGAGGCCAGUGCCGCCAGCGCUGCCAGUGCGGCGUCGGCAUCAGCCUCGGCCGCUACAGCGACACCAACGGGCAGUGCAGCCGCCGCGGCCUCGUCGCUUCAGUCCAGCCUGAGUGCCGCGCUCGAGUCGUCGCUUCGCGCGUCGGGCCUGAGCGGCACAGAGACGCUGCAGGGCACCACCACCGCCACGCUUCCCAACGGUUCCGCCGUCACUGCCACCGCUACAGCGCAGGCCAACGGCGGUCGCCUUGGCGGCUCCUCGGGUUCGGGCAACUCGAACGGUCUGGCAUUGCCCACGUACGCGAUCGUGCUCAUCUCGGUGCUCGGCUUCCUCGCCAUCGUGGCUGCCAUGGCUGGGGCCUACUUUAUCAUGGCGGCGCUUCGUAGACGCCGGCAGCGCCAGGGCGGCGAUGGCAGCCACCGCAGUUCGUCGCCCAUGAUGGCCGCGGCUGCCGGCUCGUUGGCCGGACGCAGCCUGGGCGAUGCGGGCGAGACUUCGCACAUGCUCGAGACCGAGGAGCGAGGCAGUGCGUUCCCGUCUGCCGCCGCCGCGGGAGCUGCGGGCGUAGGUGCAGGCGCGGGUGGUGCGGCCAUGAUGUCGAGCCACUCGCGUUCGAGUCGCUACUCGGAGGAGCAGCCGUUCACAUCGGACGAGGCGUCGCGCAUGGCCGAUGCCUUCCGCAACGCGCUUCGCAAUCCCGAAUUUGCGCCCGUGAUGGGCGGCGAGUCGUCCGGUGCCGACGGAGAGAGCCCCAACGAGGCGGGCGGCGGCUCGCGCGCCUCGGCGCUGCUGCGCGAAGAGCUGGCGGCCGAGGGCAAGGACCUGCGCAGUGUCGGCGACCGCAAGAAACCCACCUGGCAUCCAGAGUAG